GGUCACUCGGGGAGUCCUCUAGAAGGGGAGGGAAGAAAGCCGUGAAGGCGAAUGGACGCUUCGUUGAGGAAGAGGGUCUCCCCGGCCUCACCGCCCCUCCCUCGCGCGGUUCUCCUUCCCCGGCCUCCAGCGGCCCCAGUCACUGGAAGGCCGUGCGGGGGGAGCGCUGGGGCAGCCCCACCCCACGGCCCACAGGUGCCACCGCCCCCACUCCUGCCCUGGCCCCGGGCCAAAGGGACUUUUCAGACAGCUCAAAUGAGAGCUCUGAGUAAACUUGGAACUUCUGAAACCACCUGAGAAUAUUCCCCGGGGUGGGGGCAGGGGCCCCUGGAGGCCCCGUCGGCCCGGGACAUCUGCACCAGCCUGCCGGUCCCUGCAGCUGCAGGAGGGGUCCGGCCGCCACAUCCAGAUUGUCCCCAGAGAGGUAGGGCAAGUCACCAACCUGGCUUCCCCCUGCAGGCUUUGUGCCCAUGGACAAGGCCCUGGGCCUCCCUUUCCCCAUCUGCCAAGUGUAGACCAGGGCAGUGUAGACGAGGGCCCUCCAGUUUUCUCUAGUAACACUGGGUCUCCUUCGGCCAGGGCCAGGGCAGGCUGGGGGGGCGCUGGGAGUGGAGGAGACAGAGGGCAGGUCGCCAGCCCGGCCCGGGGUCCCUUCCUGCGGCUGCAGCAGUCACGGUUCAAAGCGUCCUCUCUCUGCUUCACUGCCAGACCCCGGGUCCGGAGAAACGCAGCUGGAAGGAGGUAUGGCCGCAGGCGCUGAGAGAGCCUGCACAGUCUGGGCAAGGGCCCGGGGUGAUACAGGUCAUAGCGGGCAGGGGUUGCUCAGUCAGCAUGAGGCUGCAGAGUCUGGGACAGGCUCCUCAGCUAGGAGAGGCUGCACAGGCUGGAAGGAGUUGCAGGAGGGAGAGAUCGCUCUGGCUGGGAGAGAUGGACAGGCGGAGAGGUUGCACAGGCUCAGGGGUGGCAUGGGUUGUGGGGUCAGGCCCUUCCUGUCACCUUUGGCUCCUACUGACUAAGCUGUAAGCUUAAGGUCCCUGGCACACCUGUCCUCAGACACCCUCGCCACUGGAAAAAAAAAAAAGUGAAAAGCAACUAGCAUUGACCGCACACCUACAGUGUGUAGCACCUGCCUCCUCGCAGUCCCCAGCCAGGCCAGGGCCACUGCCCCACCCUGCAGGUGAGGACAGCUGAGGCUCAGAGAAGGAAAGAGCUGUGGCCACAGUCCCACCGGGAGUUAGUGGCAGAACCUCCUUUCUGAUCCAGGGCCACCGGGCUAGCUCUUCCCAGGCUGAGGACUCUGCUGUGUGACCCUGGGCAACCCGCUAUCCCUCUCUGAAAAUUCCUCUUUACUAAUCUGAUGACAGCAGUCGCGAUCACUCAGUUUCUGCCAGCUGAGGGUGUUGCUGAGGGUGAGGUGGGGUCAGUGAGGAAGCUGAUGGGGAAACCAAGGCCACUCGGGGGCUGCCUCGGUGCCUGCACCACAAUCCUUCGUCCCAUUCAUUCAUCCAUUCAUUCAUUCAUUCAUUCCUGCACUCAGCAUUCUUCUUCAGCAACUCGUUGAGCACCCAGUGUGCUCCAGGUCCCCCCAUUCCAUGCACUGGGGGUGCCAUGGUGGGCAGAACAGGCAAGUGACCCAAGCAAGCUCUGGGGGCCUUUACUCCGGCAUGGAGACAAGUCAUAAACACAAAGCAGAAGCAGAGAGAUUUGGUAACCUAAUCGUAGCAUUACAGUUGCUGUGAGGGAGACAGACGAGGGGACGUUUGGUGCAGAGAGCCUCAGAGGAGACCCACGUCAGGGCAGACGGCCUCCUCGGAGAGGCAGCCCUGAAGUUGGAACCUGAGGAUGAAAAAGCAAAGAAGCUGGGGAGGUGAUCUAGGCGGAGGGAAAGGCCUGUAUGUGCAAAGGUCCUGAGGCAGGGGAGAGGUUGGAUCCUUGGAGCUUUUAUCCUCCUUGAGCACAUAGGCUCCCACUGCCUUGAAUUUAAGCCAGAAGAGCCGAAAAGAAGAUUUAACCUUGGAGUGUAUAGUCUACGUAGGUUUUAACAUGGAGGGUAAUCCGCACAAUGCAUUACCAUUAAAGCUUUCUCUUUCAUUUAGUCAUUCCUGUGACCAAUGUUUUGAGCACCUACUAUGUGUCAGGCACUGGUUAGUCACCGGGGAUCCAGCGGCAACCAAGCAACACAUGGUCCCUGCCGUGACGGUGCUCAGGAUGUAAACGAAAACACCCGAGCCGUGCGCGCCGGUGGAGGGGGCGCUGCAGAGGAAGGAGUGACUCACACUUCUUGGAGAGGUCAAACACUGGCAGAGGAGGUGACAUUUGAAUGGGACUUUGGAGAUUGAGUAGGAGGCUGACAGCCAACCAGGGCGGAGAGUUCCGGCAGCUGAAAUAGAACACGCAAAGGCGUGGGAGCCCGAUGAACGGGGCAUGUCGGCGGGGCUGCCGCAGUCCCGUGUGCCCGGGGUCCGGGAGGAAUACUGGGGGCCAGAUCCCGAAACGUCUAGAAUGCUGGGCUUCCCUGCAGGCCAUUGGGAAGCGGAGGCUGAACCCAGGAGUGGGCGGGAGGAGGCGCAGCUGCAGGGUUUUCUACAUACAAGAACAUGUCAUCUGUGACGGAGACAGAGCCAAGAAUCAGAGGCAAGUCUGCCCAGCAAGGGACAGGGACAAGCGGGAGCCCCCAGGCCUGGACCACCCUCCCGCAGGCCCCCCGCCGGCCCCUGGAGCCAGCAUGCCCUGUGGCUGGACGGCCCUUCUGCUCCUGCUGGCGCUGCAGGGCGGCUGGGGCUGCCCACCCCUCUUCUGCUACACCGAUUAUCUCCAGACGGUCACCUGCACGCUGGAGAUGUGGACCCUGCACCCCAGCACCCUCACGCUUGCCUGGCAAGACCAGUAUGGAGAACUGGAGGACGAGGUCACCUCUUGCAGCCUCCACAGGUCCACCCACAACACCACGCAUGCUAAGUACACAUGCCACAUGGAUGUGUUCCGCCUCAUGGCCGACGACAUUUUCAGCGUCAACAUGACAGACCAGGCUGGCAACCACUCCCAGGCGUGCGGCAGCUUCAUCCUGGCGGAGAGCAGUGAGUACCCUUUGGGCCCCAGGCGGAGGAAAACCCAGGUGGGGGGUGGACCCCUGCCCUCUGGGUGCCCCCUGCCCUGUUCGGUAUCCUCACCACCCUGCUUUUUAGAUGUACUACUUUUUACUAAGGUGUGAUGGGUUGACAUUAGGUUUGGGCCUUUACCCCAAAGAGAGGCAACAGAGCUAUGGAAAAGGGCUGCCUGGGACUGGGGACUGCUGGGCUUCUGUUCGGGCCCAGCUCCUGCCUGUCUGUGUCACCUUGGACAAGGCACACCUGCCUCUGGGACUGUUCCCCCAUUUGUGCAGUGUUCGCCCUGUCCACCCUGACGCUCUGGGAUUCUGUCCCCAUGAGGAGGCAAGCAGAGGACACUGAGUCACAAGAGAAAAGUUCCAGAGUUCCCUCCCUUCAUUGGCUGCAGGGCGCGGGCUGGAGAGGGGGGACGGGGGCAGGGGCCCGGC